UUUAUUAGAAUUAAUUGAGUUUUUGGGUGUAAAAAUCAGAAAAUUUGAGGAAAAUGUUUCCGCAUCUCUUCUCGAGUGGACGAGGAGUUAACAUUCAAUCGCUUCAGGAGGCGGCAAUCAAGGAAUUAUCUUCGCUUUUAGAGAGAUGUGAAGGAACAAAAGCGAUCGUUUGGGACGAAAGUCUCGCCGGUCCUGUGGGUCUCAUCGCCAAAUAUACCUUCCUGAAAGAUCAUGGAGUGCUCAAGAUGUUUGCUUUAAAUGACGGAAACUUACCGGAAAUCGAUGUUAAAAAUGUAAUUUUCAUCACGCGCCCCUCCCUGAAGCUCAUGGAUGUCAUCGCAGCCACAAUUCACAACGAAGAGCGUCGCAAACGCGUCAUGAAGAAGGAUUUUUAUCUCUAUUUCCUGCCUCGCAAGUCACUUUUGUGCGAAAAACAACUGCAAAAUAAGGGCGUUUACGGGAGCAUCAGUUACGUGGGCGAACUUCAAAUCGAAUUUUUCCCCGUCGACAAGGACUUGAUCUCGAUGGAGGUGAAAGACGGCUACAAAGAGCUCUAUAUCGAAGGCGAUUUGACGUGUCUUCAUCAGUCAGCGUUGGGACUCGUGACACUCCAAAAACUCUACGGACGCAUUCCGAAAAUCUACGGCAAGGGAAAAUACGCCCAAAAUUUGUGGGAACUCACGAAAACGUUGAGUAUCGAUUCGUCGUUCAUCAGCAGCGAAAAGGGAUCGAUCGAUCAACUCAUCAUUAUCGACCGUAGCAUCGAUUUGAUGUCAGUUCUUGCCACGCAGCUCACCUACGAAGGCUUAAUUGACGAGUUAUUUGGCAUUAACAACACGACGGCGUACUUUCCGGCAGAUAAAUUCGCAAAACAGGAAGAAAAUAACAUUCCCGCAGUCCAAACUGCCGACCGAAAACCGAUAAUUUUGAAUUCCGGCGAGAAACUUUACGCGGAAAUUCGAGAUAAGAAUUUUAACGCUGUCGGCACGCAACUUUCGAACAGUGCGAAACGCAUCGCUGCCCAGCUGGAGGAACGACAUGCCGAAAAAAGUGUUCAGGAAAUGAAAAAAUUCGUCGAACAACUGCCGGAAGUGUUGGCGCAAAAAAAUUCGCUGGCAAUCCACACAGCAAUUGCGGAAAUGAUCAAAGAAAAAACUUCGACGCCCGAAUUUUUCGACGAAUUAAAUUGCGAACAGGAUUUCAUGCUGUGCACGGAUGUCGAUAAAGUGAGUAAUUUUAUCGAAGAUUUGAUCGCGAAAAAGGCGCCACUGAGAACAGUCCUCAGACUUAUUUGCAUUCAAUGCAUCGCGGGAUCGGGAUUGAAGCAAAAAGUUUUGGACUAUUACAAGAGAGAAAUUGUUCAAACGUACGGCAUUGAGACACUUUUGACCUUGGGCAAUCUCGAACGAGCUGGAUUAUUGAAAAUUCAGUCGGGAUCGCGUUCGUAUGCGGUUCUGCGGAAGACUUUGAAACUCACUGUCGAAGACAGCGACGAAAUUCGACCGAAAGACAUCAGUUACGUGCAUUUACUUUACGCCCCGUUGUCCAUAAGGAUCGUGGAAAAUAUUUUGAAACCCGCAGGAUGGCAGGGAAUGCGAGAUAUUUUGAAUGAAAUUCCGGGACCAUCGUUUGAAGACAAUAAUUUUGCGGUUGGAUUGUCGGGAGCACGACGAGGUUCCAUGACGAGUGAAGUUUCGUCGAUUUCAGACACGAAUAGGGUCGUUUUGAUAUUUUUCCUGGGGGGAUGCACGUCGGCGGAAGUAGCAGCAUUGAGAUUUAUCGCUUCGCAAGAAGAUAAUAAUGUGGAAUUUGUGAUUGCGACGACGAAAUUGGUGAAUAAAAAUAGUUUUUUGGAUUGUUUUAUUGAGGAGUAAGAAAAAAAUGAAAUUGGGAAAAGAUCACAGAUCUGAAGAUCAAAUUCAAUAAAAAUAUUUUAUAAUUUUUUAAAUUAAUAAAAUUUUAAGAUAUAUAAACUAAUUUGAUGUAUUUUCAGAUAAUUUCAGUGAAAAAGUUUUCAAAAUCUGACAGUUUUUGUAAAAAUUUGUCAAAAAAAUGUUAGAUAACCUCAAUCUCUAUGACAUAACCUCAAAACUUGGAAAAAUA